UCACCGCGAAUCAUUUGAGUUCGUGCUAGAGAAUCAGAAAAGAGAAUGAUAGCACAGUUUAAACCUUUAGAAACGCAUGAACUAUAUAUGACACUUGGAACAAGAGAUAAAGGUAACAGGCUUGUAUCCGCUUUGACAGUUUUUAAGAGAGAAUUAUAAUAAUCUGACGGUUACUGAACGAUUGUUAUAAAUCCUAACCGGUCGCUAUGGAAACUGGGCUAACAAAAACUGACGAGUCUUCCUAAAACAGUGAGUGACCAUGCAGUUAAAUGUAAAAAAAUCUUUUUAAUAUGCAUUUUUUUGUUAUUAGAUGACUUUCGUUCUUUGCAUUUUGUCAGAUUUGGUCUGCAUUGUAAUUUUUUAACAUAAAGCAGAAGAAACUACUAGCAGUUACGUUUUAGCAGUCGAGUUGAUUUAGGAUGAGCAUCGUGUUCGCUCGCCUCCUCAGAUAAAAUCAAUAACCCAUUAGAAUAAAAUGAAAAGAGGCAGUCAGAAUCGCAAACAAUCACCGACAACAGGAUCCAAAUGUUCCAAGAGCCUCCAGAGCAAAUCUGUGACCCCUAAUAUCAUCUCAUUGUCGGAGACUGAGGAUGGAGGUCCUAGAGAAGAUCCCAGUGAUGAUGACAAAAGAAAAUAUAAGGGGACAAGAUACAUCACAGAAGACGUGAUCAGGAGAUUGACUAAAUGUGAAAAUUUAGUCCUUGUGCGUACUCUGGAUCUGUCUACAUCUAGGGGAAGUGACAAACAAUUUAAGUAUAUUGAACAUUUAGACAAGUGCGAGCACCUGCAGGUUCUCAAUCUCAAUAACAACAGGAUUGAGAGAAUUGAGAAACUAGAGAAAUUAUGUCAAUUACGGGAACUCCACCUUUCCAGUAACAGGAUACAAAAAAUUGAAGGCCUAGAGCACAUGACAAAACUUCAGGUUUUAAAUUUGGCCUUCAACAACAUUGAACAUCUUCCGGUCUGGAUGGCAAAGAAGCUCAAAUCCCUUCAGACCAUAAACCUACACAGCAACAAGAUAUUCUCUCUUCAUGAGAUGGCUAAACUAAAGCCUCUGAAGAACCUGACAAGUCUGACAUUAGCAGAAAACCCUGUCUCCAGCCUGCCCCAUUAUCACCUCUUCCUAAUCUUUCAUCUGAGGUCACUGGAAAUACUGGAUGGGCAACCAAUCAGUCCACAGGAAAGAGAGCAAGCACAUCAACGCUUUCACAUGGAGGAAGUGGAGCGUUUGGAGCAAGAGCUGGAGUUGAGAGCUGAGGAGACUGCACAGCUUCAGAGAGAGCGGACUGCAGCACUGGAAGAACUGGAGCGGCAGGAAACAGUAAACCAAAGCCUGAGACACCAGAAUCAGGAACAACAGCGGGGUCACGAGGAACUCAGGAGAGAACUGGACACCAAAUCUGAACUGCUUCCAUAUCAUGCUCCUCUGCUGGAUUCUCUCUGUCAGCUGAAGCAGAAAACAGUGGAGUUGACCCAGGCCUGUCAAAAACACUAUGAGCUCGAGCAGGAGUUGGCUUUUCACAAAAUAGAUAUCAAGUUUGAACCUCUUCCAUUUUAUCCAGACCCUGAGGUGGAGGUAGGGAACCUUUCUAGCGAGAGUCCCUACUUAGGAAAGUCUUGUCAGAAGAGGAACAUCACAUUCCCAUUGCAGACGGAGAGCAUGGGUGCACAAGACCAGCAGCAGCCAGCCUCAGGGGACCUGACAGAGACAGACUGCCCCAGAGAACAUGACAUGUCCAGACAUGUGCAGCUCAGAGCUGAGGUGCGAUUACAGCAAUUACUUACAGAUAUUGAGGUGAGAGAGCAGCAGAUCCUUAGAGCCAGUGAGGAACUCCGGCAGCUAGAGGAGACAGUUUCUCAGAGACGGAUCUGUGAGGCUGAGAAGGAGCAGCUCAGGCAAGAGCUUCAGAGGAGGAUACAGAGACUAGGAGAGCUGAGAGGAGAGAUGGAGGCCAUGGAGAGGCAGCUGGACACCCUGAAUGCUGAGAGGAAUCAAGCCCAGAAUGAAAUGGACCAGCUGCAGAAUCUACUGCACAGCCUGGAUCCCAGUGACCCCAGACAUGCCCAUGUUAAGGCUCAGUUGUCCAAAAAGACCCAGCUACUGGCCAUCAUGAGCAGAAAGCACCAGGAACUGGAGAGCAGGCUGGAUGGUAUGAUCACACGCAUCCACAAGGAAACGCAGGAGAUCAAAGAACUAGAGCAACAGCUUACUGAUGGUCAGAUAGCUGCUAAUGAAGCACUUAAACGUGACCUGGAGGGCAUCAUCUCAGGUCUCCAGGAGUAUCUGCAGGGGAUGAAGGAACAAGCACGAAGAGCGCAGUCAGAUUGCAGGCGUCUGCAGAGGGAAAAAGAUGCUCUGCAGCACCUCUUAUGUGAGAAGGAGCUUCAAUGCACACAGCUGGAGAAAGAUGCUUGGAGUGCUGAAAACACACGGGAGGAGCUGCAGCUUCAGCAGCAGGAGUUGGAGGAUCUGAGGAAUGAGAACAAAGAGCUGAAGCAUGCUCAGGGUCAGGUCAGUGAAUAUGAGGCAGAGCUGGAGACCCAACUGCAGGAGAGAGAUACUGAGGCCACACAACUGAGGGAGGAGCUGAGCAGACUGCGUCGACUCAGUCAAAUGGAACACUCUGCACUGCAGGCGGAGCUGCAGAAAGAAAGACAGGCAAAGGAGAAUGCUUUGGCAAAGAUGCACAUGGCUGCCGACAGAGAGCUUGAGAACACAGAGCUUCUGCAACAAGUCAACACUCUCCAGGAGGAGAGAGACAGUUUUAAGGAGAAGGUGGAUGCUCUUCAGGGUGAUUUAGAGCAAGUUAGGGAGGAGCUGAUUUGCCCUGAGAAAGUGGCUAAACAUUUAGGAGAGCUGACAAGAGCCAUAGCUACAGGACAAGAGGAACUAAGUUGCAGCUUUGAAGACCUUGGGGAACCGGUGAACAAGAAAUUCAUAGAGCUACAACAGGAGGUGCGUUGUGUAGUAUCUGCUGCUCAGAGAGAUAGAGACGAGGCCCAGCAUUGCAAGGACAGACUCGCUGGAGAGAUGAGUUCGCUCAAAGAGAGACUUAGGAAGUACCAAGAGAGAUACCAGACUCAGCGGGCAGCAAAGAGGUGUGGUGAGGAGGCGGAGCUCCAUAGGUUAAGGGAGGAGCUGGAAGAUGCUCAUGAGCAGCAGUACUUGAUGCUGAAGCGUUUAGAGGAGACCGAAAUCGACAGGGACCGUCUGCUUGCUGAAUUAGAAGAACAAGAUAAACAGAUGAAAGCUGAGGAGAGCCAGACUCAGGAGCAGCUAGAUUCUCUCAGUCUGGAGUUGCAGGCACUCAGGAGAUCAUUUUCCUCUGCUGACAGAAUGGCUGCCCAGCAACUGUCUGCAGCUAAGGACAAACUUCACUCACUUCAUAGCACUAUAGAAAAAAUACAUCUGGAGAGAGCAGCGAAUGCAGAGGAGUUACAGAGCACCAAGAUUCAGGCUGCCCAAGCCAUUCAGGACUUGGCUAGUGCUGAAGCAGAAAUCCAGGUUCUCCAGAAGCUUUUGAUAGAUAGGGUUCAUGAGACAGAUGGGAAUCUCCACAGUGUCCCAAACUCUAGUAUUCAACAGCAAGAAUUGGACAGAUUAAACCAAACCUUGAAAAGGCAACAAGCUCAGACCAAACGUCUCAAAGAUCAACUUACACAAGCCAAAGAAGCUAACAACGGAAAUCUAGAAGAGCUGCUGGACGAGAUUGGAGCCCUGAAGGAGACUCUUCUACAGCAGAAUAACUUCCUGUCCAGUUUAGUAGAUCCCCUGCCAAACACAGGAUAUUGGUACUAUGUACCAUCAAAUCAGAAUGCCCCUAGUUUGGGAUCUCAGGGCACGCAAGACUCUGGAUUGGGCUUUGUGCAGCCUCAGUCCCCUAAGAGAGGCCGACGGUCUGGCCACAGAGCACAAAGGGAAAAAAGACCUCCUGUUAAUGGAGGAUAUUGGGUCUACUCCCCCCAUCUGCACGCUCAAGGAAAGAGAGAUGCUCAGAUGUUCAGAGACAGUGGAAGAGAGAGCGAUAUGGACGGGACACGCUUCACACCUCCAUCUGGCUCUGCUGGAUUUACUUUACCUGAUGGUACCGCUUUUCCUUCCGGUUCAUUUAUCUAUAGUCACCCUGUACCUGGCCUCCCCACUGGCUCAAGUACAGUCUUCUAUGGGCCACCUCCUGAUGGAGCCAGGCUGGUGUACGGACCUCCUCCCAGCAAUCUUACUAUUCCUCUGGUGCCCAGUGGGACGCUGCACUGUAAUGUGCCUGGACAUCACGACUUGGAGCAUGAUCUGAAGAAGGCAGAGCAUAGGCUGAGAGAGGAGUGUGCUGAUAGAGUUCACAGUGAGGAAGAAAAGCACACACUGCAGGAAAAAACAACAGAGCUGCAGCAGGAAAUCAAACGUCUGCGAAGGACUAUCCACACACUGCAGCGCCACAUGAGUGGGCUGGAAAGCACUGUAUUGCAUGCAGAGGAGGAGCAGUGUGUGCUGGGAGAGGUGGAGUGUGUGGAGAAGACCCUGCUAAAGCGCAGAGCAGAGCUCAGAGAAGCUGACAGACGGCUUCUAGAGGCUGAGACAGAGCUUAAAGACACUCGAGCCAAGACUAAAGAGAGUGUUCAGCGCUACAAUGAGGCCAGGAGGCGAGUGGAAGAGACAGAACGAGAGCUGGUGGAGAUAGAACAGAGAGCUCAAGACAGCGCCACAAUGCUGGUCCAAACCAAACAACAGCUCAGGAAUCUUCAAGAGGAUGUUAAGGAGCUGCAAAAAAGGAAACAGGACCAAGAACAGACUCUACAAGGAGUAGAGGAGGUCCUCGCAUGUCAAGAUGCAAAGUUUCAAGAAGUCAACAGAAAGCUGGAUAGAGCGACUGACAGACUGGAAACUGUUGAGAAAGAGCUCAGAGAGACCCAGAGCCUUGAGGCAAAACUCCUACAGAGCUGCAGAGAGACAGAAGACAGCCUAACACAACGCAAAACUGAACUGGGCAAAGUCAACACUCAGGUGGUGUUGCAGCAGGAAGAGCUGUCUUUGCUGGACAAGAAGCUGGAGCAGUGGAAACAGGAAGAGGAGGUUUUGAGAAUUAGUUUGGAGCAGCACAGGCAGGGCCUGUUGGAUGUGCUCAGACAGGGAGAAGAGGAUGCCCAACUCUUACACCAGCGCAUUCAGGAACUCCGUGUGGAUGUGCAGUCUUUGGCCAUGCAGAAGGGAGAUCUGGACUCUCAGCUGUCCGAGAGCAAAGCUAGACUGGCACAGUACAAGAAAGAUCAGCAGCAGGAGGAGGAAACCCUGCAGAGCAUCCGUUCAGCCAUCAAAAAACACACAGCAGAGCUAAGGCAUGUGUUGGAAAUGGUCCAGUUGGAGACUGGGGAAUUAGAGGGAGUGAAGCUGCAACAUAACCAGAAACUGGACCAGCUAGAGAAGAGCCAGGAAACUCUUCUACAGGUGCACAUGGAACUGCAGCAUGUGCAGCAAGAGCUGCAGGAGCAGCGUGGGGAGGCUGAGAGACAGAUGAACCUGCUAGAGAAAGAGAGAGCAGAGCUGCACACCCUCCAACAGAAGAGCCUUGACCUGCAACAGCAAACGGACAAAGAGAGGAGCAGCUUGCAGGAACAGUGCAGAAACCUGGAGGCCAGACGCACACAUGCUCAGAGGUGUUUGGAAGCAGCAGAGAUGAAGGCAAGGGCAGCAGAAACAGAGCUGCUCAGACUACAGACUGAGCUAGACAAACUACAACAGGACCAGAAAUGCACGCAUGAUCUGCGUCAGAAGAUCAGCAGAGACACGGCAGCAGCGCAGCAGCAGCAUGAGGAGUUGAGCAGACUGAAGAAACAGCUGGUGGAAUCUCAAACUCAGUUAGAUGAGAUCAGAGAGGAGGUGAAAGCAGCGAGAAGGCAGCGGGAAGAGCUUGUGAAGCAACAAAAGGAGCAAAAGGCUGAACUGCAGGAGAAAGAAGAGAAGACCAGGAGGAGACAACAGAAGCUGGACCGACUAGGGCAGCAGCUGGAGGAGCUCAAGGCAGAAGUAGCUGUGAAACAGACACAGCUUGAAGAAUAUGAAAAGAUGAUGAGGGUACAGCAGCAACAGAGCAUUGAUCUGGAGCAGCAGCACAGGCUGAAGCAGCAGAAGCUGCAGGCAGUAGACAGAGCUCUGGCCCUGAGGCUGGACCGGAUGGAGCAGGUCGCAGCCGCAGCAGCAGAAAUGGACCUGCAGAGGGAGCACAAACAGUGCACUGCACUACAAGAGCAGGUGGAUAAACUAGAGCAGAAGGUGUGUGAGCGGGACAUCAGACUCCAGCAUGCUGUUGAGGAGACCCAUCGCCUGCAAGAGGCUUUGCUCUCUGACAGGGCAAGCGCUGAGGGACGUCAGGAGGCCCAGAGUAACCACAGCCACACAAACAGGCAAAAACUGCAGGGAGUAGAAAAGGAGCGUGUACGGCUCCAAAGGGACCUGCUGACUGUGGAAAAAGCUGCUAAAGAAAACCAUAAACAAGCCAGAACGCUGCAGGAACAGCUCAGCACCAUUUCCCAAGAGCUGCUCUGCCUCAAAGACACGCUGCAGAGCCAAGAGGAAGGAAAUACUCGCCUAUGCCAGAUUAAGGACAGUUUGCACUCUGUGAGGUCACAGAUGAAAGCAGAGCUUGACAGUGGGGUGAGGGAGCUGGAGUCGCCCUCUAGUGUCUCUUCAGACACAGACAGCUUGAAAGAGAACCAUCCUAGUGUUAUGUUCUCCUUGGGGAAUCCAGCAUACAACACUAAGGAUGAACAGUGGCGAGGGGAAGCACUGAGGGAAAGACUAAAGCAGCAGGAGGACCAUCUGAAGGUUCAACUGCGCAGUCGCAUGUUUUCCCAGCAAGAGGCUCUGAGUCAGCGCAGACUGCAGACUGAAGGCAGCAUUCAGGGUCUGCGCAGACAUGUUGACAAACUGGACCAGCUCCUCGGCAACUCUUCCAAAGACUCCUCUUAUUUAAGUGACCUGGAAGCCAAACAUGCCAAUGUAAGGGACCUGAAACAUUGGUCCACUGGCACUUCUGUAUUGACAUAAGCAAAUAUUUGCAUAUACUAAACCAUGCAGCAUUUAUAAAGAAGGAGCUAUCUUCCAUUAUCAGAUUAUGAAAGCAGGUGGUUACAGAUGAGUUCAGAUGAGCUGUUCGAUUAAACCCUCAUCUACAAGAAAAGGGUACACAGAGACCAUUGAGCCAAAUCCACAAGAUGACUUCCUGCUUUGGUUAGGGCAGAGGCUGGAUGUUUCAACCUUCUGUACAAAAAAAAAAAAAUGGUUUGCAUCAGCACUUUCCAUAUACAAACAAGGACAAUGAAACUUGAGGUAAAAAUAAGAUGGUGAAAGUUCGUUCUCUACCUCUGAUUUGUUAUGGCUUUAUGAAAUUAUUUUUAACAAGACUGUUACGUGCCUUUUGCUCAUGUUAAAGUAGGCAAUGUCUUGUUAAUGUUUACAGUUGAAACAGAUGCAGGAAGGAAGGUUUCAUGUUUCAUCAUGUACAAAAACAGGUUGUGCUCUGGAAUGAAUUAGUUCGUUUUUACAUGACUUUUGUCAAAAAUGAUCUUGUAUUCAAAACCAAGAUAUGCAGAGUAUUUAUUACAGCACUUCUCUUUAUAUACAGUUUGUCUCAAAUGAAAUACAAUUUAAAGCGAGUGAGCAAUAAUA